AUGGCGAAUGAAGCCGCCAAGGCCCUCGAGGCCCUCCAAGUCUCCAAGACCAAGGAGCUCAAGGGAACUGAGAAGCGUGACUUUUUGAUCUCCCUUGAGAAGAAGUACCAGCAGAAGUGGUCUGAGGAGAAGAUCUUCGAGGUCGAUGCCCCCUCCAUCCAGGAGGUGCCCCUCCACUCAAUUUCCGCCGAGGAGCUGCGCCAGCAGCAGCCCAAGUGGAUGGGAUGCAUGGCCUUCCCCUACAUGAACGGUCGUCUGCACGCCGGUCACUUGUUCUCUGUGUCCAAGGUCGAGUUCGGUGCUGGUGUCGCCCGAAUGCAAGGAAAGCGCACCCUUUUCCCUAUGGGCUGGCACGCGACUGGUAUGCCUAUCAAGGCUGUCGCCGAUAAGCUGAAGAACGAGGUUCAGAUGUUUGGCCGUGACUUUGAGGGUUACCAAGAGGAGGAGGUUCUUGUUGACGACAAGCCCGCCGACGCUAAGGAGGCCCGCGAGGAUAUUACCAAGUUCACGACCAAGAAGAGCAAGGCGGCCGCCAAGACCGUCAAGGCGAAGUACCAGUUCCAAAUCAUGGAGUCCAUGGGCAUCCCGAGACAAGAGAUUCACCUCUUUGCCGAUGCAUCCUACUGGUUGACCUUCUUCCCUCCCCUCGCCCAAGAGGAUCUUACUAGCCUGGGUUUCAGAAUAGAUUGGAGAAGAUCUUUCAUUACCACGGACGCCAACCCCUACUUUGACGCUUUCGUGCGCUGGCAGAUGAACCGUCUUAAGGAGCUGAACAAGAUCAAGUUUGGCAAGAGAUACACUAUUUACUCUAUCAAGGAUGGCCAGCCUUGCAUGGACCAUGACCGAGCCGAGGGUGAAGGUGUCGGUCCCCAGGAGUACACUGGCCUCAAGAUGAAGGUCCUCGAGUGGGCUCCCAAGGCCGAGGAGGCUCUCAAUGCCAAGCUUCCCGCUGAUGCCAACGUCUUCCUCAUCCCCGCUACUCUGCGCCCUGAGACUAUGUACGGCCAGAACGCCGUCUUCGUCUCUCCCAAGAUUACCUAUGGUGUCUUCAAGGCCUCUGAGAAGGACUACUACAUUAUGACUGUCCGCGCCGCUCGCAACAUGGCUUACCAGGGUCUUUUUCUCCAGGAGGGCGUCGUUGACCAAGCCGCCGAUAUCGACGGAUCCGCUCUUAUUGGUACCCGCGUCCACGCCCCCUUCUCCGUUCACGAGGCUGGUGUUCGCGUUCUCCCCAUGGAGUCUAUCCUGCCCACCAAGGGUACCGGUGUCGUCACUUCCGUCCCCUCAGACAGUCCCGCCGAUUGGGUCAUGACCAUGGACCUCCGCAAGAAGGCCGCCUACUAUGGCAUCGAGCAGGAGUGGGCUGAGCUUGAGAUUAUUCCCAUCAUCGAGACUCCUUCCGGUGAUAUGAUUGCCAAGACCCUGGUCGAGCAGCUCAAGAUCGCCUCCCCCAAGGACACUGUCCAGCUUGACAAGGCCAAGGAGACUGCAUACUCUGAGGGUUACUACAAGGGUAAGAUGAAGGUUGGCGAGUUCAAGGGCGAGUCUGUCGAGGCUGCCAAGCCCAAGGUCCGCCAGUCCCUCAUCGACCAGGGUCUUGCCUUCGCCUACUCCGAACCUGAGCGCAAGGUCGUCAGUCGAUCUGCUGACGACUGUAUCGUUGCCCUCUUGGACCAGUGGUACCUGGACUACGGUGAGGAGUCGUGGAAGAAGACUGCUCUCGACUGGGUUGAGAACACUGACGGCAAGGGUCUCAACACCUUCAGCCACGAGACCAAGAACGCCUUCCAAGGUGUUCUGAACUGGCUCAACCAGUGGGCUUGCGCGAGAUCGUACGGUCUCGGAUCCAAGCUUCCUUGGGACCCUCAGUUCCUCGUUGAGUCUCUUUCAGACAGUACCAUUUACAUGGCAUACUACACCAUCGUUCCUUACCUCCACAAGGAUAUCUUCGGCAGAGAGAAGGGCACUGCCAACAUUGCCCCUGAGCAGAUGAUGGACGAAGUCUUUGACUACGUCUUCUGCCGUCGUGAGCUUGACGAGCAGCUCAUCGCCAAGUCCAACAUCUCCAAGGAGACUCUCGAGAGCAUGCGCCGCUCUUUCGAGUACUUCUAUCCCCUUGACCUCCGCAGCUCCGGUAAGGAUCUGAUUGGCAACCACUUGACCUUCUUCAUCUACAUCCAUCUGGCCAUGUUCACCCCCGAGUACUGGCCCAGAGGUAUCCGUACCAACGGCCACUUGAUGCUGAACGGUGAGAAGAUGAGCAAGUCUACCGGUAACUUCCUUACCAUGCAGGAUCUCGCCCGCAAGUUCGGUGCCGAUGCUGCUCGUAUCGGUCUGGCCGACGCUGGUGACACCAACGGUGACAGCAACUUCGAGGAGGACGUCGCCAACCAGGCUAUUCUGCGUCUCCACACCUUGAGAGAGUGGUGCGAUGAUGUCGUCAAGAACAAGAGCGAGCUCCGCACGGGCGAGUUGAACUUCUUCGACAAGAUCUUCGACAAUGAGAUGAACGUUAUCGCCAAGGAGGCCAUCCAACAAUACACCGAUACCUCCUACAAGCUGGCCCUUAAGGCUGGUUUCUACGACUUCAACAACGCUCUUUCCUUCUACCGCGAGAGCAGCGCGUCGGUCAAGAUGCACCACGACCUGGUCCUCCGCUUCAUCGAGCUCCAGUGUCUCCUCCUCGCCGUUGUCGCACCUCACUGGGCUGAAUCUGUGUGGAUCGAGAUCCUCGGCAAGCCCACGUCGAUCCAGCAGGCGACCUUCCCCGAGAUCCCCGAGACCGACGCCGGCCUCACGGCGGCAAGGAAGUACAUCUCGGUGACGGCUUCCAACGUCAACUCGGCCGAAUCGCUCCAGCUGAAGAAAAAGGCCAAGGGCAAGGAGACGUCUUUCGACCCCAAGAAGCCCAAGAAGCUCACCAUCUUCAUGAGCGAGAAGUUCCCGCAGUGGCAGCAGGCCUACAUUGACCUCCUCAAGGAGAUGUGGAACGCCGAGACCAACUCGGUUGACGACAAGGCACUCAACGGCAAGAUUGCCAAGAUGGGCGAGAUGAAGAAGGCCAUGCCCUUCGUGCAGGGUCUCAAGAGACGUCUUCAGGCAGGUGAGCCGGCGAGCGCCGUUCUCGAGCGCAAGCUCGCGUUCGAUGAGAAGGCGGUGCUCGUAGACAUGAUUGACGGCCUCAAGCGUAGUGCCAACCUCGUCGAGGUGACAAUCCUGGCGGUGGAGGAGGGCGGCAAGAAGGCGACGGAUCUGGUGACCGGGGCCGUGGUGGAGAACCUGGCGCCCAAUGCCGAAGGCGCGGUUCCAGGUGCGCCGAACUUCUUGUUCGCCAACGUGGAGUCAUCGUGA